UUCUCCUAGCAGGUUCGGCACACACAUGGCGCCGCUCGCUGUACUCCAGCUGGAGGAUGGAACCAAGUUCCCCGGCCGCCUGUUCGGGGCCCCGGUGCCCGUGUCUGGGGAAGUCGUGUUUCAGACGGGGAUGGUCGGAUACCCCGAGGCCCUGACUGACCCGUCGUACAGAUCGCAGAUCCUGGUUCUCACCUACCCGCUGAUCGGCAACUACGGCGUCCCGCCGGACCGGCUCGACCGGUUUGGACUCAGCCAGUGGUUCGAGUCGGAUCGGAUCCACGCGUCGGCCCUCAUCGUGGGCGAGCUGUCGGAGAGCCCCAGUCACUGGAGCUGCGAGAGGACCUUGGACCAAUGGCUGAAGCAGCACAAUAUCCCCGGCCUGGAAGGAGUGGACACCCGGGCCCUCACCAAGAAGAUCCGAGAGAAAGGGACCCUGCUGGGGAAGCUGGUCCCGGAGGGCGUGGACGAGGGCCACAUCCUGUAUGACGACCCGGGCAAGAGGAACCUGGUGCGGGAGGUGUCGCUGAAGGCGCCGCGGGUCUUUAACGCCGGCGGCUCUCUGAAGAUCGCGGCUCUGGACUGCGGCCUGAAGUAUAACCAGAUCCGGUGUCUGUGCCGGAGGGGGGCCGCGGUGACGGUGCUGCCGUGGGACUCCCCGCUGGACCCCGCCCAGUACGACGGCCUGUUCAUCAGUAACGGCCCCGGGGACCCCGUCUUCUGCCAGGAGACCGUGGACAACCUCAAACGGUUCAUGGCGGGGGAGAAGCCCAAGCCGGUGUUUGGCAUCUGCCUCGGCCACCAGAUCCUGUCCCUCGUCAUCGGGGCAAAAACAUACAAGAUGAAAUACGGGAACCGGGGCCACAAUCAGCCAUGCGUCCACGAGGGCACCGGGCGCUGCUUCAUCACCUCUCAGAACCAUGGGUACGCCGUGGACCCCGGCACUCUGCCCCCUGACUGGGCAGCUUUAUUCACCAACGCCAACGAUCACUCUAACGAGGGCAUCGUCCACCAGUCCAAGCCGUUCUUCAGUGUGCAGUUUCACCCGGAGCACCGCGCGGGGCCCACGGACCUCGUCGGCUUGUUCGACGUUUUCUUGGACACUGUGAGGGACGUAAAAGCCGGAGCUUCAGACGGCAAAACGGUGAAGGAGCGUCUGACGGAUCUCCUCGCGUACAGAGACUCGCCCCGCGUUGGUGACCUGGAGGCCUCCCGGCCGCGCAAGGUGCUGAUCCUCGGCUCCGGCGGCCUCUCCAUCGGCCAGGCCGGGGAGUUCGAUUACUCGGGGUCUCAGGCCAUUAAAGCUCUGAAGGAAGAGAACAUACAGACUGUGCUGAUUAACCCCAACAUCGCCACGGUGCAGACCUCCAAGGGUCUGGCGGACAAGGUGUAUUUUCUGCCGCUGACCCACGAAUACGUCACCCAGGUGAUAAAGAACGAGCGCCCGGACGGGAUCCUGCUGACUUUCGGGGGCCAGACGGCCCUGAACUGCGGGGUGGAGCUGACCAAGCGGGGCGUGCUGGAGAAGUACCACGUGCGGGUGCUGGGCACGCCGGUGGAGUCUAUCGAGAUGACGGAGGACAGAAAGGUCUUUGUGGAGAAGAUGGAGGAAAUCGGGGAGCACGUGGCCCCCAGCGAGGCUGCCUUCUCUCUGGAGCAGGCUCAGGCGGCCGCCGACCGGAUCGGGUACCCCGUCCUCGUGCGCUCCGCGUUCGCGCUGGGCGGCCUGGGCUCCGGAUUCGCCAACACCAAGGAGGAGCUGACGGCGCUGGUGUCGCAGGCCUUCGCCCACACCACGCAGGUCCUGGUGGACAAGUCUCUGAAGGGCUGGAAGGAGAUCGAGUACGAGGUGGUGCGGGACGCGUACAACAACUGCGUGACGGUGUGUAACAUGGAGAACAUCGACCCCCUGGGGAUCCACACCGGGGAGUCCAUCGUGGUGGCCCCGAGCCAGACGCUGAACGACCGCGAGUAUAACCUGCUGCGCGCCACGGCCAUCAAAGUCAUCCAGCACCUCGGCAUCGUGGGAGAAUGUAAUAUCCAGUACGCGCUGAACCCGGAGUCCGAGCAGUAUUACAUCAUCGAAGUGAACGCCCGCCUCUCUCGCAGUUCGGCUCUGGCCAGUAAGGCCACCGGCUACCCCCUGGCAUACGUAGCGGCCAAACUGGCGCUGGGAAUCCCUCUGCCUGUUCUCAGGAACUCUGUCACCAACUCCACCACGGCCAACUUCGAGCCCAGCCUGGAUUACUGCGUGGUGAAGGUUCCACGCUGGGACCUCAGCAAGUUCCUCCGGGUCAGCACCAAAAUCGGGAGCUCCAUGAAGAGCGUCGGGGAGGUGAUGUCGGUCGGCAGAAGCUUUGAGGAGGCCUUUCAGAAAGCCCUGCGCAUGGUGGACGAGAACUGCGUUGGCUUUGACCACACGAUUAGGUCGGCGUCGGAUGAGGAGCUGGAGACUCCCACCGACAAGCGUAUCUUUGUACUGGCGGCCGCUCUGCGCGCCGGUUACACCAUCGACCGUUUGUACGAGCUGACCAAGAUCGACCGCUGGUUCCUCCACAAGAUGAAGAACAUCACGGACCACCUGUCCACGCUGGAGAUCUACCAGCAGGAUGAGACCACCAUGCCACGGGACGUCCUCCUCCGGGCCAAGCAGCUGGGCUUCUCGGACAAGCAGAUUGCGCAGGCUGUGCAGAGCACAGAGUUGGCGGUUAGGAAGAUGCGGAAGGAGUGGGACAUCCGGCCCGUGGUGAAGCAGAUCGAUACCGUGGCGGCCGAGUGGCCUGCGCAGACCAAUUACCUGUACCUGACGUAUAGCGGUACCGAGCACGACUUGGACUUCCAGGAAGCGCACGUCAUGGUGAUCGGCUCCGGCGUCUACCGCAUCGGGAGCAGCGUGGAGUUUGAUUGGUGCGCCGUUGGGUGCAUCCAGGAGCUGCGCAAGAUGGGCUUUAAGACGAUCAUGGUGAACUACAACCCCGAGACGGUCAGCACGGACUACGACAUGUGUGACCGCCUGUACUUUGAUGAGAUCUCCUUUGAGGUGGUGAUGGAUAUCUAUGAGCUGGAAAACCCUGAGGGCAUCAUCCUGUCGAUGGGCGGGCAGCUGCCAAACAACAUCGCCAUGUCCCUGCACCGCCAGCAGUGCCGCGUGCUGGGCACCUCCCCCGAGGCCAUCGACUCCGCCGAGAACCGCUUCAAGUUCUCCCGCAUGCUGGACACCAUCGGGAUCAGCCAACCGCAGUGGAAGGAGCUGUCCGACAUGCAGUCCGCGGUCCAGUUCUGUAACAAGGUCGGAUACCCCUGCGUGGUGCGUCCGUCCUACGUGCUGAGCGGCGCUGCUAUGAACGUGGCUUACACAGACAGCGACCUGGAGACGUUUCUUAGCAACGCCGUGGCGGUCUCCAAGGAGCACCCCGUGGUUAUCUCCAAAUUCAUCCAGGAAGCCAAGGAAAUAGACGUGGAUGCCGUGGCAUGCGAUGGAGUGGUGGUUGCCGUGGCCAUAUGUGAGCACGUGGAGAAUGCCGGGGUGCACUCGGGAGAUGCGACACUCGUCACCCCACCUCAGGACAUCACACCUAAAACUCUGGAGAGGAUUAAGGCCAUCGUCCACGCCGUGGGACUGGAGCUUCAGGUCACUGGACCCUUCAACCUGCAGCUGAUUGCCAAGGAUGACCAGCUGAAGGUGAUUGAGUGCAACGUCAGAGUAUCGCGUUCCUUUCCCUUUGUCUCCAAGACGCUGGGUGUGGAUUUGGUGGCUCUGGCCACGCAAGUUAUAAUGGGAGAGGAGGUGGAACCGAUCGGACUGAUGACUGGCACUGGGAUAGUUGGCGUCAAGGUCCCUCAGUUCUCCUUCUCUCGCCUGGCUGGGGCCGACGUGGUCCUUGGCGUGGAAAUGACCAGCACGGGGGAAGUGGCCUGCUUCGGGGAGAACCGAUAUGAGGCUUAUCUAAAGGCCAUGCUGAGCACCGGCUUCAAAAUACCCAAGAAGAACAUUCUGCUGACCAUCGGGAGCUACAAGAAUAAGAGCGAGCUCCUGCCCACGGUGCGGGCCCUGGAGAGCUUGGGCUACACGCUGUGUGCCAGCUUGGGCACCGCUGACUUCUAUACGGAGCAUGGCGUCAAGGUUAAAGCAAUGGAUUGGCCCUUCGAGGAGGUGGACAGCGAUGGUCCUCUGAAGGAGAAGCAGGGGAGCAUCAUGGACCACCUUUCCGAGAACCACUUCGACCUCGUCAUCAACCUGUCCAUGAGAAACUCCGGUGGACGCAGACUCUCGUCCUUUGUUACGCGUGGAUACCGCACGCGCCGGCUGGCCGUGGACUACUCGGUGCCCCUCAUCAUCGACAUCAAGUGCACCAAGCUGUUCGUGGAGGCUCUGCGUCAGAUCGGAGCAACGCCUCCUGUCAAGACUCACGUGGACUGUAUGACGUCCCAAAAACUGAUCCGUCUGCCAGGAUUGAUUGAUGUCCACGUGCACUUGCGUGAGCCUGGAGCCACUCAUAAGGAAGACUUCUCCUCCGGCACGGCUGCGGCUCUGGCAGGUGGCGUGACCACGGUGUGUGUCAUGCCAAACACCAACCCAGCCGUCACCGACGCCGGCUCCUUCGCGCUGGCACAGAAGCUGGCAGAGGCCGGGGCUCGCUGUGACUUUGCCCUCUUCCUGGGAGCCUCCUCUGAGAAUGUGGGGUCCCUCGCCGCCGUGGCCAGCUCCGCCGCGGGCCUGAAGAUGUAUCUGAAUGACACGUACUCCCAGCUGAAGAUGGACAACGUCUCCGUCUGGAUGGAGCACUUUGAGAAGUGGCCCUCACACCUACCGAUUGUGGCCCACGCCGAGAAACAAACCGUGGCUGCCAUCCUGAUGGUGGCCCAGCUGUACCAGCGGUCGGUGCACAUCUGCCACGUGGCCAAGAAGGAGGAGAUCCUAAUUAUCAAGGCCGCGAAGCAGAAGGGCAUCCGCGUGACGUGUGAAGUGGCCCCUCACCACCUCUUCCUCUGCCUCGAUGACCUCGAGCGCAUCGGUGAAACGCGUGGCCAAGUGCGCCCCAUGCUGGGCACACGGGAGGACAUGGAAGCGUUAUGGGAAAACCUGGAUACUAUAGACUGCUUUGCCACGGACCACGCCCCUCACUCCGUGGAGGAGAAGGAUGGCCCCAAUGCCCCACCGGGUUACCCCGGCCUGGAGACCAUGCUGCCCCUGCUCCUCACUGCCGUCAGCGAGGGCCGCCUCACCGUCGAUGACAUCAUCAAGCGUUUGUACGAGAAUCCACGCAAGAUCUUCUCGCUGCCGUUGCAAGAGAACACCUACAUAGAAGUCGACCUGGAGCACGAGUGGGUGAUACCCCCCCACAUGCAGUUCACAAAGUCCAAGUGGACGCCGUUCCACGGGAUGAAGGUGAAGGGGGCCGUGCGGAGAGUGGUCCUGAGAGGGGAGGUGGCGUACAUCGACGGCCAGGUCCUGGUUCCCGCCGGCUUUGGGCAGGAUGUGAGGAAGUGGGCAGCACCCGCGGCUCCCCCCGUUGUUCCACCGCCCAGCAAAGAGGUUGUGAAGACCCCGGAGCGCCAUCGCCACGUCACCGUUCAAAGCGAGACCAUUCGCACCCGGGCCCCCAGCCCACGCCGAGCCGGCCCAACCGUAGAUGGUCGCUUCCAUCUGCCCCCCAGAGUUCACCGUUCGUCUGACCCCGGCCUGCAGGCUGAGGAGCAGAGAGAGAAGCUUCCCCGGAGAUCCACGGAACCAGAACAAGCUGGCCCCGAUGGUUACCCCCACCCUCCCCCCAUCCCCAGGAUCCUGUCCCCACAGGCCAUGUCCAUGCAGGGCGCCCCCCAUUUGCAGACCUCCCCUCUCCUUCACCCGCUGAUUGGGCAGCACGUCCUGACGGUCCGACAGUUCAGCAAAGAGCAGAUGUCCCACCUGUUUAACGUGGCUCACACGCUGCGCAUGCUGGUGCAGAAGGAGAGAAGUCUGGACAUUCUGAAGGGAAAGGUAAUGGCCUCCAUGUUUUUCGAGGCCAGCACCCGGACCAGCAGCUCCUUUGCAGCCGCCAUGUAUCGUCUGGGAGGCUCGGUGGUCUCCUUCUCAGAUUCCACCUCCUCAUCCCAGAAGGGAGAAUGUCUGAGUGACUCGGUGCAGACCAUGAGCUGCUACGCUGACGUGCUGGUGCUGAGGCACCCGGAGCCGGGCGCUGUGGAGCUUGCGGCCAAGCGUUGCCGGAAACCCGUGAUUAAUGCCGGAGAUGGGGUAGGAGAGCAUCCCACCCAGGCGCUGCUGGACAUCUUCACCAUCCGAGAGGAGCUGGGAACAGUCAAUGGAAUGACGAUAACGAUGGUUGGAGAUUUAAAGCACGGCCGGACGGUCCACUCCCUCGCCUGCCUCCUCACUCAGUACCGCGUCAACCUGCGAUACGUCACCCCGCGCAGCCUGCGCAUGCCCUCAAACAUCAUCCACUUUGUGGCUUCUAAAGGAAUUAAGCAGGAAGAGUUUGACAGUAUCGAGGAGGCCCUGCCGGACACGGACGUGCUGUACGUGACCCGGAUCCAGAAGGAGAGGUUCGGGUCCACAGAGGAGUACGAAAAUUGCUUCGGACAGUUUAUUCUCACCCCUCACAUCAUGACCCGGGCCAAAAAGAAGAUGGUGGUGAUGCACCCCAUGCCACGUGUCAACGAAAUCAGCCUGGAAGUGGAUUCGGACCCCCGCGCGGCUUACUUCCGCCAGGCUGAGAACGGCAUGUACGUGCGCAUGGCUCUGCUGGCCACCGUGCUGGGCAAAUACUGAGUUGUGGGAUUUGGAGAGACGGCGGCGUCCCCUGAGCGGCGGACCGAAGGAUUCCAGCUGCCGGAUCUGAACCCAUCGCCUGACCUAACCGAGGGCCCGGGGGGCCGCUGCCACAUGGAUGUUAAGCCCACUGUGACUGGACUCAUUGCCGAGGCUGAAGUGUACACAGGGUUGGGGUAAAUGGGGUGGGCUAUGGGGUAGGUUGUACAUACGUGCGGGAAUGCUGGCUUUUUAGGUCACGUAUGUUGCUUUUACCAGAAUCCUAUGCAAUCUAACGCACGGUUUGUAGAUCCCUGUCCUGCUGCUGGGUGCCCGCCUCGGGGUGAGGAACGGGGCGAGGGACGGGGCGAGGAAGCGCUGCUGGGGUUUAUAAUGUGAAGAUUCCGGGAUCUGAAUGCUUUUCUAAAUAAAGUGAAAUGCUUUUCCCAA